CCAUGUACCUGCUUCCCUCUUCGGCUCAGUUCGUGGGCGCUCCCAAAGGCCCAGCCCAAGUAGGGUUCCGUCUUCCACGAUCCACCCAUCCCUCCCUCCGCCGCGAAGCUUCCAGUACCCUCCACGCGACGCGACUCCGCCGACGCCGUUCUCAUCUCCGGCGAUCUCUCGGGCCCUAGCGCCGCCCGCGUCCGCACCUGCGUGCAGCCACUCAUCGGCCGCGUCUUCUGCGCCCUCCCGCCUUGAACAACUCGCCGGAGUUACUGGUCGUGGAGAUGGCCACACCACUCAUAGCUGGACUUGCUGUGGCAGCCACUGCUCUUGCGGGUAGAUAUGGCAUCCAGGCUUGGCAAGCUUACAAGGCAAGGCCCAUAGUUCCAAGGAUGCGUAAAUUCUAUGAAGGUGGCUUUCAAGCUACAAUGACCCGACGGGAAGCUGGUCUAAUCUUGGGUAUCAGGGAAAACGUCCGUCCUGAUAAGGUGAAAGAGGCACACAAGAGGGUCAUGGUUGCCAAUCACCCGGAUGCAGGAGGAAGCCAUUACCUUGCGUCGAAGAUCAACGAGGCAAAAGAUGUUUUGCUGGGGAAAACUAAAGGAGGUGGUUCAGCCUUUUGAUCAUAUAUCAUGCAAAAUGUGCUCACCCAAUGAAGAUACUAUUAUUUUUGCACCUCCAGACUCUGCACCUAGAACUAGAAGGCAGACAAAAGCCUUGGUGUAUCACUGAAAUUUCUGGAGAAAGAACAUUAGAUGUCUUAGACGUAGCAGGUUCUUUGACUGUUUGACACUUCCAAGACCAAAGUUGUGCUGGUUAAGGAAUAAAUGAUGUACUACAUGAGGUUGGCCUGUGUUGAGUUUUGCAUAACAUUUGUUCA